GGGGGAUCGGGAGGAGGGAUGGGUUGUAUUUUGCUAAAUACUUCCAAACAGGGCUCGAGCUCGCAGGUUCCUCCACCUCCGGGCCGUUUCUCGCGAACCUGGCUGAGGCGGAGAGGAGUGGGAGACAGAGGGGGAGGAGAAAAGUGGAGGGUUUGUCCCCUGCUCCAGAGUUGAACCCUCCUCCUCCUCCGCCUUUCCCCUUCAAAAAAAAAAAAAAAAAUAGGAGACAAGAUUCGCCAGGGAGAAAACAGGCCUUAGCCUGGGAGGGCCGGACCCAGGGAAGAUCUCGGGACCACAGCGGCAAAGAGGGGGUACACUGUACCCCAAGCUUCUCCGAUCCUUUCCAAGCCGCUGUGCCCCGCCCCCGGAAAGCCUGGAGCUAAACAGCUAUCCCCUCCCUCCACCUUCUCGCCAUCCCCAUCCCCCACGCUGCCUUUUCCUUGUUCCGAGCUGUAGCUGCAGCUGCAGCUGGAGAGACUCAGUUGUGGUUUCCUUUUUGCCUCUUGGAUGGAAACUUUCAAGUUGGUUUUGAACUCGGCCAGUGCAGGCAGAUGCUCCCUUUUGAGAUCCGGUUCCCUACAUGGCCUUAGGGGAUCUAGUUCUGAUGACCUGCUCUGAUCGCCACAACAGCAGCUGACCAGGACAGGGUUUGACCAGGAUCAACAGGAGGUUGCUUUGCUGACGCUGUUCUUGCUGGGAGAAGCUGGCAGGUCCUCUAGUCCAGCAAGGAGAUGUUCCUGGGACAUCUCAUCCAAAGUCACAGGCAGAAUGAUAUAAUGCUGGAUUUAGAAUUCAUUCUCAACUAUGGUGCUUCCUACCUGGUGACCUUGGAGAAGCCACUGAAUUUCUGGGGGUUUUUAAUCCCCUCAGAAACUCCCACCCCAAUCUUAAGGCUCUUUCUCUCAGUCAUUAAGACUCCAUUUCUUCAUCUGUAAAAUGGGACUAAGAAUCCUAAUGGUGAGAAGGACUCACAACCUGGAACUUUCAGGAACAGGUCUGGCAAAGAUCCAGGCCCAAGGCACAGCAUCAGCUUGGAACAGCAUGAGAACACAGAAGACUCAGUUACACCAAUGCAUGAAAAAGACCAGACUGGCAGUUAUAAGUGCCCACCUUCCAUCCUGAGACGUAAACCACCAGAGUGCCCUGUAACAGGUGAAAAGAAAAGGGCUGAGAGGCGGGUGCGCUUCCAAGAGCCUGAGGAGACAGCUGUGCAUGAUAUCUCCUGUGUGGACACCAUUGUAGCCCCCGACAGAUGGUCAUCUGGAUGCUCCCUGUUCCUGUGCCUCUGCCUUUGUAUCCUGCUUGGCCUAGCCCUGAGCUUCUAUUGUGGUCAGGCCAAGUUGGGCUCAAAAGCCCUGGAGGAAUUCCGAGCCUGGCUCCUCCUUUUCCUCCUCCGGGUAAGACACAUGGCUAUGACCUUCUGGAAGUGGUUUGGGAGACAAUAACAGGAGCCUCCACUGCACCCCACCAUUUGUUCAAAUGCAGUUCUGCCUUUCUCAUUUUGAGAAACUUCUUCGGUUGCAAUUUAAGAAAGUGAUUUCUCCAGCCCACAACCAACAAGGCAAUGAAUGGUGUCUGAGCCUGGAAUAUGGAGUGUUCUGACAUGAAGUCUCUGGAAGCUGAAGGUCUUCUGAACAGCAUACUCAAGUUCAAGGAGAAACAAACAGUGCAUCUGCUGAGAAAACUCCAUGCACCAAGACCCCCAUUCUAAUGGGUUUUCCUGUGCCAGAGUUUUCCAGUUAUGAGAACUUCCCACUAUCAUUACUAAAAUAUACAUGCAUGCAUACACACAGAGAAGUUCAGAGCUGGAAGCAUCAAAUUCAACUUGUGGUUAUAUGAGGAAUCUUUCUACAACAGGUCUCAUAAGUAGUUAUCUAGCCUCUACCUGAACACUUCUAAUAAUGAAGAUCUCAUUACUUUCUGAGGCAAAUCACCCUAAUUUUGGUCAAUUCUAAUCAUUAUAAUUCUAAUCUAAUCAUUGUAUUCCACUAAAAUCUGCCUCUCCAUCACCUUUCACCCACUGCUUCUGGUUCUGGCAUCUGGACCAAAUAGAUUAUCUCUUCCAUGAUACUUCUUUGGGUCAUUGGAUAUAGUGACCUGAGUAUCUGCUAAAAGUACAUUUUCUGGAGCAGCUAGGUGGUGCAGUGGAUAGAGCACCAGCCCUGAAGUCAGGAGGACCUGAGUUCAAAUUUGACCACAGACACUUCGCUGUGUGUCCCUGGGCAAGUCACUUUUGCUCAGCAAAAAAAAAAAAAAAAAAAAAAAAAAAAAAAAAAAAAAAAUAGAGAAAGUAGACUUUCCCUUCUGUAGACUACAUAUCUACAGGUCUGUCAACAUAUCCUCAUAUUGGGUGGUCUUCAUGCCUCAUCAUUUGGGUCAUUCUCCUCUCUACAUACUCCAGCUUUUCAGUGUCUUUCCUAGUAAGUGGCACACAAAAAAUAAUACCAGUUAUGUGCUAACCAUGGCAGAGGUCAACCAGACCAUUGACUCCUUAAUUCUGGACACUUUUAAUGAGUCCAUUCUGGACUCUUUUAAUGAAACUUAUAUUUGCAUUUGCUAUUUUGGUUACUAUGUCAUCCUGCUAACUUUUAUUGACUUGUCAGUGCAUUAAGUAUCCCAAGCAUCUCUUUUUAAUAAACAUGUAUAGUUUUGCCCAUUUACACAUAUACACAUUGCGUGCACACACCACACACACAUGCUCCUCUAAAAUUCUUGAAAGCCCAGACACUGCCAGGCUAAACUGCUGUCCUACUAAUCACCAAUUGUACUCAUAUUACUAUAACUUUUAUUAGAGAACAUUGGAUUGUGGGCAAAUCAUUUUCUCAAUCAUUAAAGAAAGUUUCACUUGUUUAUCCACAAA